AAUUAGUGUAAAUAUUUGUUUUAAUGAAGAUAAUUUAUGUGAUGACUUUAAUUAUAAAUGGUGGGAAUAUUAUAGAGCGACUAAACCCGCUAUGAAAAGGAUUAUUUGCUUAUGUUAAAAAAAUGCAAGCAGUUUUCGACAGCGGAAAACAAAACUCCAUGACUUGUGUGCAAACGGCCUUAUUAGAACAAUUUUAAGUGGACACAUACUUCAUGAAGAUUGGGUAUCAAAUAGGUCAGUGUGUUUACUGCAAUAAGUCACAAACAUUUAACAAAAAUGUGUGAAACGAAUGGCGUCUUAGACAAUGUUACUUUAGCAAGGAGGGAGAAUCUGAUGGAUGUUUUAAAUUCGUCUUGCGGAAAUAUAACACAAGAUGACGGCUACGCGGGAAAUUCUUCACGUGGUGGUGGUAACAGGAGAAGUUACGCUAGUUAUCAAAAAUUUUCAUGUGGUUACUGUGACACAGCAUGUAUAUACAGCGCCAUUGAGACAUUGUUUAUCAUUGGAAUAGUGGCAAACAUGUUUGUUAUAACACGAGUCAUUCGUGACCGGAAGUUACAUGACCCAACAUUUGUUGCUAUAGCAGCUUUAGCUAUUGCUGAUUUAUUAUUUCUUACUCUAAAUCUGACAACAUCAUUUGAAAGAGUUAUCUUAUCUGUCACGUGUUCAUCUCCAGUAAUAAUUAGUUCACCAUAUUAUAUACUGAAAUCCAUUUUCUGGUUCUCAGCAAAUACACACGUGGCUUUGCUAGCAGUUUUGAGGUAUAUCACGUUGGCUUAUCCUUUAAGAGCUAAUGCCUAUCUUACAAUUAAAAAGGUGAUGAUAUCGUCUAUAGUUGUGUGGAUAAUUGGAAUAAUAAUUACAGGAAGUCUAAUAGCACUUAUAGGAGCACGAAUUAUUCUGGCUGGACGAUCCCAGGAAUUUUUGUUAUUUUUAUGGCUUUCGGUUUACUUUUUACCACUGAUUAUAACAUGUAUUCUUCAUAUUUUGAAAAUAUUUCUGGUCAAAGGUUCCAUUACUGUCACAACAACAGAAUCUACCCGGAUGUCGAUACAGCGCAUGUCAAAAAUAGUUGUUGUUGUGAUCGUAAUGGCGGCUGUUCUUCCAUUACCGAGACUUAUACAUAAAUGCUUAAAACUUGCUGGACGAGAUGUAUAUCCACCUAGUGAUUUUCGAACUCAUUUUGGUGAAAUCGCGGAUUGUUUAUUUCUCAUAAACCAUUUCAUCAAUCCGUUCAUUUAUGGAUUUAUGUCUGAAAAGUUUCGCAGAAGCUUAAAGGCGAUUUUCUCUUGUUUACCUGGGGUUAAUGAGGACAGUAUUGUCACGUCUGAUACACCAUUGUCAUCAAGAAAGAUGAAUUACAAUCUAGGGGAAAUGCCGAGGAAAUACAGUUACGCUGAUAUUUUGGACAGUGUUAAUGGUGUGUAACUAAACUGAUAUCUUAUUGUUGAUAUUCUAUAAUGAUAUCAACAUAGAUAUCUAUACGGUGAGCUACUAUAUAAAAUGACACCAUACAAACAAAUAUUUCAUCAUAUACAGUAUCAUAUAUAAAGUAAUAAAAUGUUCAACAGUAUAAAUUGACUCGAGUAUAGUUGAUAUCAGAUGUUGUAAAACUGUGCUACCAUGUAAAUACUAAAGUAUAAUUGAUAUCAAUACUGAAAUAAUGUGCUACAAUAUAAAUUGACUGAAUUAUAAUUGAUAUCAAAUGCUGAAAAGGUGUGCUGCAAUAUAUGUAGACUCAAGCAUAAUUGAUAUCAAAUGCUGAAAUAACGUGCUUUAAUUUAAAUAGACUCAAAUAUAAUCGAUAAAAAAAACAUAUUUUAUAUUGCUUGUAAAAUUAGUGUAUGUUUUAAGUCAUCAAGCAAUAUUGGUGUUGUAACUAUAACACAUUGUGCCAAAUUACUAAUAAUUUACCUUUGUAUAUAAACUAAUAUAUAGGAAAAGAAGUUUGACUCCCUGUGUAAAUGUAAUAUAUAAAAAAUAAAUUUCUCGAAAAUGCAGUAAAUAAAUAUCGUUCAGUUUAUAUAUUUAUGUAAAAUGUUUAAAUUUCUAGUGAAUUAUUUGUUGCUGAACAUAAAUAUAAUAAAGUAAUUUUUUUAUUUAAAUUCUAUUAUUGCAACAAAGUCUAUGCCGGAAUAAAUCGGGGUAACCAAGAUUAUAAUGAAAUACCAACAAAAGUUAACUUAAGUGUUGAAAAUUGAUUGUUUGAUAAACUUCUCAUAGUUGUAUAAUAGAUUGUUCUGAAUGACUAAUAUACCGUCAGCAAUAAUAUAUUGUUUCUCAAAGUCAAAGUCAAAUCACACUCUUUUCAUGUUAACAUGAAUAAAUGUGGUUAGUAAUAAGGACAUUGUUAGUAGAGGUACUUUGAACAUAUACAAUGUAUACAUACUUAGAGGGAUAAGAAAUAAAUCGUAAAAAGUA